GGUGUGUAGCCAUGCGCACUAGUGUUGUGUUGGUCAUGGAUGCCGCUACCAAGCGAAGCUAAACUGAGAACAAAUCUGUCAUUAUAGAGCUGAAAGGAGAGGAACGUUAUUGAGAUGCUCGACGACUUUGAGAACCAGGAUGUCCGGUCCAGUGUGGAGCUGUGGUCCCAAAUCUGCUCGAGUUUGCCGGAGAUGAAACCAGAUGAGACUCUGGAGAGCCAGACCGAAUUUAACGACUCAUUCCGUCCAACAACACCAGCCUCUAACGGAGCAGACGCCAAUCCGUCCAGCGGGAAGUGGGAGCCCAUGGAGGACUCGGAGAUCUACAUCGCCAGUUUAGAGAAUCGCUUGAAGAAACUGAAAGGUCAGGCCAGCGACGUGACUUCCAGAGACAUGUUGCGAUCCUUGUCUCAGGCCAAGAAGGAAUGCUGGGAUCGAUUCCUGCACGACGCUCAGACCUCCGAGCUCUUCCAGGGCAGCGACAUGGACGAGAGCGCUCUGGAGCACUUCAAAAGGUGGCUGAUUCCCGAGAAGGUAGCCAUCAGCGCGGAGGAGCUGGAAUAUCUGCUGAGGCCCAGCCAGAGUCAGGAGCAUGAAGUGAAGCAGGAGGACACGAAGCAGGAGAACCUGGAGGAUGAGACUCACAGUCCAGAGAAAUGAGGAGUGAAAAUACGUCAUGUAAAUAUUACAUUUGAUGUUAUAAUGUUUAGUGUUUACGAAGGACUCCAUGUUGUUAUCGUCCAUGUUUUGUUUUUUGGCUUUGCCCCAUCUGUCACAAACAAUACCAAUAAAUCAAACUGACUGUCUCAAAAUUAUUAUUU